CUAGUGGUUCUUGGAGAAGCAUUGCGCCUAAAUCAAUAGGUCUUUUGAAGUGGACUACACCGUGCUGAUGAGACACAUAACAGGGGCAAUUCUCUGCAAAUUUAACACAUCAAUCCAUUGAUAGAAUUUCUUGUACAGCACAACACAUUUCAUCCAUCUUUAGGUCCUCUACUCAAGCCUCAGGUUCAACUGUUCAAGUGUUCAACAACACCACAAUCGAAAGCCUCGAGUCAUGUUAGCCAUAGUAGGCUCAGUGGGCAAUCCCAGUUGGUAGUGGGGACUGGGGAGGCCACGUUAUAGGACACUCUGGUGUUAAAUAAUAAUCCACAAAACACUGUGAAGACUAUUUACCCCAAAGGACUGACACCAACAUCACAUGACAUUUGCAUUAGCUCAUCAAGGUGAUACCAAGACACAUUUCAUGCUUCUAUAAAGCAACACACACUAAGCUGAUUCCUCAACAUAAGUACCAAGAGAGUUAAACAAGGCAGCAUGGUGCUUCCAAACUGUUCAAAGUUUCUGCUGUUUCCUUUUCUUCUCCUGCUAUCGUCUUCAUCUUCUUUGGCACAUUCUCCAUCAUCUAGUGAAGACGUUUUUAGCCAGUGCCUCUCGUAUCACUCUAAGGUUUCAAUUUCAUUCUCAAGCACCAUUUUUACCCCAAACAACUCUGCCUUCACCACCAUCCUACAAUCAACUGCGGAGAACCUCAGAUACGUAGUCCCUUCAGCACCAAAGCCAGAGUUCAUUUUUACACCAACACAUGAUUCCCAUGUUCAAACUGCUGUUAUUUGCUCAAAACAGCUGGGAAUACAUCUUAGAGUCCGGAGUGGAGGCCACGACUACGAGGGUCUCUCCUAUGUGUCCGAAAUUGAAACACCUUUCAUCGUCCUAGAUCUUGCCAAACUUCGAUCAGUUAAUGUUGAUAUCCAACAGAACAGUGCAUGGAUUCAAGCUGGUGCCACCAUUGGCGAAGUUUACUACAGAAUUGCAGAGCAAAGCGCAACACAUGGCUUCCCCGCCGGUCUUUGCACGAGUCUAGGUGUGGGAGGUCAUAUAACCGGAGGUGCAUAUGGUUCCAUGAUGAGAAAAUAUGGCCUUGGGGUUGAUAAUGCUGUCGAUGCUCAAAUAGUUGAUGUAGACGGCAGAAUUCUUGACCGAGAGACCAUGGGAGAGGACCUGUUUUGGGCAAUCAGAGGAGGUGGAGGAGCAAGCUUUGGAAUUAUCCUGUGGUGGAAGAUAAAGCUGGUUCCAGUUCCAUCAACUGUGACAGUUUUUACAGUUGCCAGGACCUUGGAACAAGAUGGAACAAAGCUCCUACAUAGGUGGCAACAAGUGGCUGCUACUGAGCUUGAUGAAGAUCUUUUUAUUAGAGUUAUCAUACAACUAACAAGUGACAGCAAAAGUGGCAAGAGAACUGUCACAACUCUUUACCAAGCUCAGUUCCUCGGAGGGGUUGAAAGACUCCUCUAUGUUAUGCAAACAGGCUUCCCGGAACUGGGAUUGACCCGAAAAGAUUGUACUGAAACCAGUUGGAUCAAAUCUGUGAUGUACAUUGCAAACUAUCCUAAUGGAACUCAACCAGAGAUUCUGCUCCAAGGAAAAUCUACAACCAGGAGUUACUUCAAAGCCAAAUCAGACUUUGUCAAAGAUCCGAUCCCUGAGACCGGGCUUGAGGGACUGAGGAAAAGGUUGAUGGAAGAAACCAAUCCUGUGUUGAUUUGGACACCAUAUGGGGGAAUGAUGAGCAAGAUAUCGGAGUCGGAUACACCUUUCCCUCACAGGAAAGGAGUCCUCUUCAAGAUUCAGUACCUGACUAUAUGGCAAGCUGCAAAUCAAGACGAGGCAAAGCACAUGGACUGGAUUAGGAAGCUUUACAACUACAUGGCUCCUUAUGUCACAAUGUUUCCGAGGCAAGCAUAUGUGAACUAUAGGGACCUUGAUUUGGGGAUCAACAAGAAGAGCAAUUUAAGUUUCAUUGAAGCAAGUUCUUGGGGUUAUAGGUAUUUCAAGGACAACUUCAACAGACUGAUAAAAAUUAAGACCAAAGUGGAUCCUUAUAACUUCUUCAGGCAUGAGCAAAGCAUCACACCUCUUCCACUCACUGUAGGAAGAACAAUGAACUAG